AGUUUGCAUCCGGGUCCUACAACUAAUGUAUUUGUAUAGCAAAGCAGCCUUACCCCUCGUUUAAGGCUGACAGGAUCCUUUUCAAGCAAGCAAGGUUUUUCAAGCAAUUUUUCAUGCAGGGACUGUCCCUUUAAAUUUAAAGGGAGUGGAAACUUUCAACAUAUCCGGCUCUCUAAGUCGACUUUCCUGUUGGAGUUAAAUGGAGUUAGGUUUUACUUCUGGCAAUUGUUACGAGAAAAAGUUUAACUCUCGGGUCUAUUUGGAAACGUAUUAUGUUUCCCCCCUUGGUAAUACACAGGAGAAGGAAUUCCUGCCUUUCAUUCUGAAGAAUUUGGUAAAAGCCUUUUCCAGUGGUCCAAAAUUCCGCACACUGCUUGAAAUUGGAUGUGGUCCCUGUCUUCACUUAGCUCUCUGUGCCUUAGGGCACGCAGAGGAAAUUGUUUUGUCGGAUUUUGCUUCCAACAACCGUCAAGAGAUUCAGCUGUGGUUACAAAAUGAUCCAGGAGCUUUUGACUGGAGCCCAAUUGCAAAAUUUGUGUGUGAACUGGAAGGCAACAGGGAAAAAUGGGCAGAGAAAGAAAAGAAGCUGAGAGAUUCUGUCAAGCAAGUCUUGAAGUGUGAUGUGCAUCAAAGUAAUCCCCUGUGUCCAGUGGAAUUGGAACCUAUUGAUUGUCUGGUGACUUCCUUGUGCCUGGAGGCUGCCUGCAAGGAUAAAACAGCAUACUGCAGCGCUCUUAGAAAUGUAACCUCCCUGUUAAAACCAGGUGGGGUGCUCAUUAUGAUUAGCGAUUUGAAUGAGACAUAUUACACAGUUAAUGGACUGAAGUUUUCAUGUUUGAAAUUUGAUCAGGUCUUUUUAGAAAAUGCUUUGAAGGAGGCUGGUUAUGAGAUAGAUCAAUUUGAAAUUCUUGCUUUUCCUGGUGAUGAAAGAUCUGUAACAGACUGUGAGGCUUCAAGUUUCCUCGUUGCUCACAAGAUCAAGAAUACUUUGUGCUAAAUCAGUAUUACAGCUGUUGUAAAUCUAUGCAGUUCACAACCAACUAAAUGCGCAAAGAAUAAAAACACACUAUUAAAUCAAAUCAAAA